CUUAUGCAAAGAUAUGAAUAGUUUUGGAAAUAGGAUUUUAAUAUCUAGGAUCAUAUAGUUUUUACAACUUGCUUGAUUAUCUUUGGAGACUUCUUUUAAUUUGGAUUGUAUCACCAUGAGUAGGAAAAAACAUAAAACGGUUAUGUUAUAGGAUAUUGUGUAAUGAAAACCAAAUAUUUAAAGAGAGACCGUUUAGUUUUAUAAUAUUCUUUCAUUCAAGUUUCUCGAAGUCAAUGAUUAAAAUAAAAUAUCUGAUAGAAUACUAUAUAGUAAGAUUCAAAAUCAACAGAACGAACGUAAGAGGCCGGAUGUAUUCAGUUGGGAGUUUGGGAGCCGAAAAUUCUAGUGUUUUACGCGUCUUUUAGAAAAAAAAUUGAUGUGUUUUACGCGUCUUUUAGAAAAAUUAAAAUUCAUAUCUCAAAAAUUGACCUAGAUUCAGAGAUUAGAGCAAGAGCUGAUGUAAGCCCGGAAAAUGAAAUGUGUUUAACAUUCGUAAUUUACCACGAAAUCGAACCUUCUGUCAGAGUUUAGUGAUAACAAACAUAAUCAACGUACAAAAAGGUUUGAAAGUUUCUAAAAUAUAGGGAGUUGUUUUGACUUUUCAGAGUGAAGUCUUCUUGGUCUGAAUUUGACCAGGCCAUCUCAGAACUCUUAUUUGCUAAGGAAGUAAACAUAAACAAAACAUUUUCUCUGGUCGACGAGAAAGAUGGGACAAAUGCAAUCGAAAGAGAAAUUAAUGUUUAACCAUGUGAGGUCCGGCAACGUAGAAGGGAUUCGAGCUCUUUGUCUAGAGGGUGCAAACCUCGAGUGGAUGGAUAAAGAAGGAAACACGCCUUUGAUCUUGGCUUGCAAGAAGUCUAAGCUAUAUGAUGUCGCCCAAACUUUGAUCGAGCUGGGCGCCAAUGUUAAUGCCCAUCCUCCUGCUCCCCGUGACGCGACUCCUCUGUACCAUGCUGCAAGAAGAGGUCUCGAGAAGACUGUUAAAUUACUUCUUUCAAAUGGUGAAAAUUAUGAUUGUCAGACACCACUUCAACAAGCUAGAUACUAUAAGUACACCAAGGUCGUACGUGCCAUUGAGAAUCACAUAUGCGUGUUCUCUGGUUGGAUGCGUGAAUUUUACGGUCCUGCUCUUCUUGGUGUAUUUGCUCCUCAGCUUCUUUCAAGAAGAGUAUGGGUUGUCAUCAUACCAACUAGCUCAAUUUACCCUAAACCUUACAAAUUUGAGCUGGUUGUGUAUGCUAGUCUGAAGGAUGCACAGCCACGGGUGGUGAUGGCUUUGAGGAAUCCACACUUAAAAGAACCAGAGGAGAUGCACCCUAAUACUUCAGUGACGAUUGUUGAUAAUGAUAACAAAAAAAAAAGUCUGAAACUCGCAUCUUCUAUAGAAGAGGGCAGGCAACAGCUGAAGUGGUUUUGUGAUGCAUGCAAAGGAAUCCCACAGCCAGUGCGUCGUCCCCCGGUCGUUGUCCAGACAGUACUACCAUCUGCUCCUCCAUUGGCAGAUUAUGAUACAGAAGCGAUAGAGGAAGGCCCAAUGAAUUAUCCAUUAAGCGGUUCAACUACUCCAUCAGCUUCAGGUGGUGGUGGAAAUAAAAAAGACGGAGGGAGCUCUGGACAGUGCUUGAUAUGUAUGGAUGCGCCAUCUGAUGGGAUUUGUGUCCCGUGUGGACAUGUCGCAGGGUGCAUGUCUUGCUUGACCCAGAUCAAAUCCCAUGCAUCGGAAUGUCCGAUCUGUCGGGCCAACAUCCAUCAGGUUACGAAGGUGUACCGUGUCUGAACUACAACAUGUAUGGGACAGAUCUCUCCUUCAUUUGAAAACCUUUGAAAACGUUUUUUUUUUAUUUAUUGCUCAACCAAAAUCCCUACCCCUCUUUUGUGUAUUAAAAAGAGUAAAACAUCUUAUUAUAUCAUAUGGAAGGUAUAGACCUAAGUUCCCUAAUAAAAAACAAUUACAAGAAUGAAAAGACAAGUUACAAAUCACAUGCUUUGCUCUUUCCUUGUUUUAUUUGGACCAAACUUGGAACAUAAUUCAGAAGUGAGGAAGACGAUGAUGGUCUGAUUGUAGAGCUUCGAUCAAGAGGAUCCACCUUUACGUAUGUAUCUCCUCUCACAAUGUGUACGAUCUUGUUGUUCUUCGAGGAAGACAUACACUAAAGUUUUGCUCUGCUCGUCGGCUAAGAAACUCAACCCAUUGAGAUUAACCUCGCUAUGGUCUUUCACUGUUAGCAACUAGCUCCACGACAUAACUGAUCGAGACUAUUUCCCACCCAACAAAUUGUCUCUGAUACAUGUAAAUCUCUUGAUGAAUAAUAUAUGCGUGAAGUGCCUAACAGGCAAAGUUUAUCUGUCGUGCCAACAUCCAUCAGGUUAUGAAGGUGUACCGUGUCUGAACUACAACAUGUAUGGGAUAGAUCUCUCCUUCAUUUGAAAACCUUUGAAAAUGUUUUUUUAUUUAUUGCUCAACCAAAAUCCAUACCCUCUUUUGUGUAUUAAAAAAAGAGUAAAACAUCUUAUUAUAUCAUAUGGAAGGGUUUCUUAGACCCAAGUUCCCUAAUAAAAAACAAUUACAAGAA